CUUCGCUUUGGCGAUCAAAUCACGAACAUGCCACUCUGCAACGUUGAGUUGAGUCCUCUGAAAGGAGCUUCAGGCUCGAAAUGACAUCUCCAAUCUAACUACUUUCACAAGGCAUUCGAUUGUCUCCUCCAUCUCCGAUUCUUGACGGAGGUUGCCUGGAUUGAUCUAUCUGGUCAUGAUGCGAGAGACAACGUUCCGAGUCUUCUGCGUUGGAACCGCCGACACGAAGCUCGAUGAACUCCGAUUCCUCGCUGAGUCUGUGAGAUCGAACAUCGGCACCUUCCGCAAUGACUCAUCUUCCAAGGUGGAAGUUGUGAUCGUUGAUGUUUCCACGGGUACCGACCAGAAGGACAUAGAGAAUGUUGCAGACUUUGCUUUUGUAAGGAGAAAAGAGGUUCUGCCUUUCUACUCUGGGUCAGCCGAGAAAAAGCCGGUGGAACUUCCUGAUGAUAGAGGCGAGGCAGUUGCUGUCAUGAGUAAAUGCCUUGAGAAUUUUCUUCACCAAUCCCUUCAAGAAAAUUCUCUUGCUGGGGCAAUAGGCCUUGGAGGCAGUGGAGGAACAUCUCUGAUAUCUUCUGCUUUUAGAUCUCUUCCGCUUGGGAUUCCGAAAGUUAUCAUAUCAACUGUGGCCAGUGGUCAAACUGAACCAUACAUCGGCACUUCAGAUUUAGUUUUGAUUCCUUCUGUAGUAGAUAUCUGUGGCAUCAACAGUGUUAGCAGGGUGGUCUUGUCAAAUGCUGGAGCCGCUUUCGCGGGAAUGGUACUCGGAAGACUUGAAAAGUGUAGAAGCUCCUCAAGCAAGAAUGAAAAACGGACAGUGGGUAUUACUAUGUUUGGCGUGACAACUCCCUGUGUGAACAUGGUGAAAGAUAGAUUGGUCCGAGAAGGGUAUGAGACCCUCGUGUUUCAUGCCACGGGAGUGGGUGGCAGGGCAAUGGAGUCUCUGGUUAAAGAAGGGUUUAUACAGGGAGUUAUGGAUAUUACAACAACUGAGGUUGCUGAUCAUGUAGUCGGAGGAGUGAUGGCUUGUGAUAGUUCCCGUUUUGAUGCUAUCAUAGAAAAAGGAAUACCUCUGGUUCUGAGUGUCGGGGCCUUAGAUAUGGUGAAUUUUGGAGGCAAAGAUACAAUACCGUCUCAGUUCCAACACAGAAAGAUUCAUGUUCACAACGAGCAGGUUUCUCUCGUCCGAACAACAGUGGAAGAGAACAAGAAAUUUGCUAGGUUUAUAGCUGACAAGCUGAACAAAUCCGCAUCAAAGGUCCGUGUUUGCUUUCCAGAGAAAGGUAUCUCUGCUCUGGAUGCUCCGGGGAAGCCUUUCUUUGAUCCCGAAGCCACUGGUGCUCUCAUAAAUGAAUUACAAAGUCUCAUUCAAAUAAGUGAAGACCGACAGGUCAAGGUGCAUUCUCACCACAUCAAUGACCCCGAGUUCGCAGAGGCAUUGGUCAACUCGUUUCUCGAGAUGUGUUUGAAAACCUAUCCUCCUGUGUCCAAAGCCCCCGAGGUUGCUUCAUCUAAACCCAGUGGAGACCCUGUUCCUAAGAUGGACUUCAAGCUUGGAAGCAUUUCACUGAGCCCAAACGAUUUCCCCAAUGCAAAACCAGAAACCUUGGAAAGAACUCGAACGAUAUUGGGACAGUUGAAGAAUCAUAUAGAGAAAGGGAUACCGAUAAUCGGGGGAGGUGCUGGUACAGGAAUAUCUGCAAAGUUUGAGGAAGCUGGUGGGAUUGAUUUGAUAGUAAUAUACAACUCAGGGCGUUUCCGGAUGGCUGGGAGGGGCUCCUUAGCUGGCUUACUGCCCUUUGCCGAUGCCAAUGCAGUCGUGCUUGAUAUGGCCAACGAAGUUCUACCUGUAGUGAAGGGAGUGCCUGUUCUUGCCGGAGUCUGUGGGACUGAUCCUUUUCGGCGUAUGGACUAUUUUCUGAAACAGUUGGAGUCCAUUGGAUUCGCUGGCGUCCAGAACUUUCCAACUGUUGGACUCUUCGACGGAAAUUUCAGACAAAAUCUUGAAGAGACUGGAAUGGGAUACGGGCUGGAAGUUGAGAUGAUAGCAAAAGCGCACGACAUGGGUCUAUUGACGACACCAUAUGCGUUCAACCAGAAAGAAGCAGAAGAAAUGGCGAAAGCAGGAGCUGAUAUCAUAGUAGCUCACAUGGGUCUGACCACUUCCGGAACCAUAGGAGCGAAAACAGCUGUGUCAAUGGAAGAAAGCGUAAUGCGUGUACAGGCCAUUGCAGAUGCUGCUCGUAGAUUCAAACCCAACAUCAUCAUUCUCUGCCAUGGAGGACCAAUAUCGGGUCCAUCAGAGGCAGAGUUCGUUUUGAAGAGGACGGAGGGAGUGCACGGUUUCUAUGGCGCAUCCAGCAUGGAGAGGGUACCUGUGGAGCAUGCCAUUACAACCACCGUUCAGCAUUACAAAUCCAUAAAGCUCAUGUGAAUUCUUCAUACAACUCCUCUGCGCGGUUUCUUUGGUCGUUGUGGAUGUUUAUAUAACAUCCAAACACAUACACACAUAUAUCAAUAUAGCCUCUGCUAUGGUUCAUUA